AUGCAUGAAGAAGAAGAAACCACUUUACUUGCAACCGCUCAACUAAGAGAAUUGUAUAUUAGAGGAUUACCAACGUUGAAAUAUAUUUGGAAAAAUGAACCCAAAGGAAUUUUUUCAUUUUAAAAAAUCUGUGCAAUAUCUGCUAUGGGCUGUCGAAGUUUGAAGAAUGUAUUUCCAGCCUCAGUAGCCAAAGACCUACCACAACUUGGUUAUCUUUCAAUAUUUGAUUGUGGAGUGGAGGAGAUUGUUUCCAAAUUAGAGGAAGGAUUAGAAUCGGAAACGGCCGUCAAUUUCGAGUUUGAUCAACUACACACCCUGGUACUUUCGAGGCUACCAGAAUUGAAAUAUUUCUACCCGGGUAAGCAUACCGCAAAGUGGCCAAUGUUAAACGAGUUGGAAGUAGCUGGGUGUGAGAAAUUGAAGAUAUUGGGUACACAACUGAACACUAACAAUGGGCAACUUGACUCCCCAAUCCAUCCACCACUUUUCUUGGUUGAAAAGGUCAUCCCUAAACUACAGCUUUUGACAUUAGAUACUGAUUGCAUUGCAAUGAUAAGUGAUAGUCAAUUUUCAAGCAGCCUUUUUCAUGAAAUAAAAUCUUUUCGAGUGGUUGGCCACGGUGCUAAAUCAAUUGAUUUUCGAAUUUCUUUCUUUGAGAGAUUCUACACUCUUGAAAACCUUACCAUCUCUUAUUAUGAAAUAAAAGAGCUAUUUUGUUCCGAAGGAGAUACCGCUAAUGAGGAGAUGUAUGCUGGGACUUUGUCAACAAUUAGAAACUUAAAAUUGGUAGCUCUUAAUAAUCUAAAAGAUUAUUUAUGGAAGCAAGACGUACAGGUAGACCACAUUCUACCCAAACUUGAGACUCUUCAAGUUCACUUUUGUUGCAAUUUGAUCUGCUUAGGAUCAUCCUCAGCAUCAUUUCAAAAUCUCACCAUAUUGGAUGUGCAGUUUUGCAAAACAAUGGAAUACUUAGAUACAUGUUUAGCAAUCCAAGGUAUGGCCCAACUCAAGAAGUUGAUGGUAAGAGACUGCAUUUCAAUGACAGAAAUAGUUGCAACUGAGGGAGAUGAAGCAACUUGUGACAUUAUUUUCAGCAAGUUGAAAAGUUUGGAACUUAUGAAUCUAUCGCGACUUAAGAGCUUUUGUUCAGGCAAUCACACAUUUGGAUUCCCAUGUUUAGAGGAAUUAAUAGUGAGUGGUUGCCCUGAAUUGGAGAUAUUUUGUAUGGGAGUUUUAACUCAUCCACCAUUAUUGGCAAAAUGCGGAUAUGAUAAUGAACAUUGGUGUAGUGACCUUAAAAACACUAUCCAAGAAGUGUAUUCAAUAAAGAUUUUGUAGGCUGAAUUUUCCAAGUCAAUUGAAAUAUGGAAGAACAUUCAUGGAGGUUUAGAUUUCAAGAAACUUAAGGUUUUAGAAGUCAAUUGUGAAGGGUUGAGAAAAUGAUUUAAGUAUGAUCACUAGUGGCACUGACAUUAUUCUCUUGGGAUAGAAAGAAACAACUUAGAGAUUCGCUUUCCAUCUCUUUCCAUUGAAAGGUGUCAUUACCUUUGUUAAAGGAUUCGACAAUUGUAGACAUGGGGAAGAUGGAAAGGAUAUGGGAUGACCAACUUGAGAUGAACUCCUCCAAAUUAAAACACCUUGAAGUGCAUAGUUGUGUGAAACUAUCAAACAUUUUCCCACUUAAUAUGCUGGGAGGACUUCAGAGACUAAAAAAUCUGCAAGUAAUGGAGUGUGCCUCAUUAGAAGAAUUAUUUGAACACAAAUUCACUGAGGCAGAAAUAAACACCAAGUUGUAUUUCCUCAAAUGACAUACUAUGCUACCAAAACUGAAGAGUAUUUUGGAUCAAUAUGGGCACAUUCCCUUGCUUAUAAGAACUGAGAUUGGAAAGCAAUGGCAACAUGAAAGAGAUAUGGCAUGGACAACUUCCAGAAGGGUGUAUUUUAAGCUGAAAGUUUUGGAGCUCUUAAAUCUUCAAAAUAUUGUUGAGAGUGAUGCUUCCAUUAAUGAAAUAUUUCCAUGUGAAUAUUUAAAUAACCUUAAACAUUUAAAGCUUCUUUACACUUUAUUG